UCGUGAGAAAUCUUGAAUAAUUUUACAAAUGCUAUAAUUCAUAUUGUUCAUAAAUCUUCAGAAUCUUAAUUUUCAAAGGCAAUUAUUUUGUUGUCUAAUAGCUGAAGUGAAAGUCGAUACCUCAAUUACUCCUAUCAGAGGAAAGGUUACACUGCAUAGUAUUGCGGAAGGUUAUUCUUAUGUUUCUGGGAGUUUAGAUUUGAGUUUCCUGUUUUCUGGUUUUGACGUGUAAUGGCGGUUAAUUUAUUGAAAGUUUCAAGUGGUUGGUGUGACAAAGAUCAGGAUGGAGAAUUAUCAAAGCAGCUCCACAAUGUGCACUUACCACAACUUGUGCCUAAGAAAGAAACUAUCUCUUUGCUAUCAGAUGAGGAAAAGGAAGAUACAAUCUCUAAAGCAGAGUUGUCUCUGUUAGCCAAAAUUUCAAGAACCAAAUUAGUAACAACCAAAGCUGAAAUUGAAAUACAAAGACAAGAUCCUUUUUCUCCUUUGCACUCUGUUAAAUCUUUUGAGGCUUUAAAAUUAAAACCAAACCUCCUGAAGGGAGUAUAUGAAAUGGGAUUCAAUGCACCAUCUAAAAUUCAAGAAACAGCUCUUCCUAUAUUACUUGCUGACCCACCCCAAAACCUUAUUGCUCAAUCUCAGUCAGGAACAGGAAAAACUGCUGCAUUUGUCUUAGCGAUGCUAUCGAGAAUAAUUCCUCAGCUCAAUUACCCACAGGUAUUGUGUUUGUCUCCUACCUAUGAAUUAGCAGUUCAGACUGGCGAAGUGGCUGCUAAGAUGGGUUCAUUUUGUGAUGAUAUACAAAUAAGAUUUGCUGUGCGAGGAGAAGAUUUGCCCAGAGGAACUAAAUUAACUGAACAUAUAGUUAUUGGCACACCCGGAAAAGUACUCGAUUGGUCAUUAAAGUACAAAUUCUUCGAUAUUUCCAAAAUAACUGUUUUCGUGCUCGACGAAGCUGAUGUUAUGAUUGCCACUCAAGGACAUCAAGACCAAAGUUUUCGUAUUAGAAGAUUACUGAAUGAAGGAGCUUGUCAGAUUAUGUUCUUUUCUGCCACUUAUGAUGAUGAGGUAAUGGAAUUCGCUCGAGCGAUUGUGCCUAAUCCCAUCGUAAUAAGGCUAAAGAGAGAAGAAGAAUCACUUGAUAACAUAAAGCAGCAUUAUGUUCUCUGCGAAACGGAGGAUGAUAAAUAUAAUGCAAUUGCAAAUAUUUAUGGUGGAAUAACUGUUGGUCAAGUGAUGAUUUUCUGUCAGACGAGACGGAUUGCUGCUUGGCUUUGUGAAAAGAUGACAAGAGAUGGGCAUGCUGUUGCAUUGCUUUCUGGGGACCUGACUGUUGAAAGUAGAAUACAAGUUCUUGAUAGGUUCAGAGAAGGAAAAGAAAAGGUGCUCAUAACAACUAACGUCUUAGCAAGAGGUAUCGACGUUGAACAGGUGACAAUCGUAGUGAAUUUUGACCUUCCAGUAGCAGAAAAAGGUCGAGCUGACUGUGAAACCUAUUUGCAUAGGAUUGGAAGGACUGGUCGAUUUGGCAAGAGAGGUCUUGCCAUCAAUCUAGUCAACAGGCGAGAAGCCAAUACUGUUCUGAAGCAAAUACAAGAUCAUUUUGGGAAGAAAAUAAAUCUUUUAAAUACAGAUGAUUAUGAUGAAGUUGAAAAGCUGAAUGAUUAAAUAAAAAAUGAAAACAAAAGAAAAUUUUAUAUUUUAUGUGUUUUAUUUAUGAUUGUUAUAAAAGAUUUUAUAUAGAUUUUUGUAUUUAUAUUUUGUUAUGAAAGAAAUAGAUUCUUGUUGUGUUAUAAAAGAUACGUACAUUGUUUGUGUAUAUUUAGUUAUUUCUAUUAAUAUUGUGGGAGAUUGUAGUUCUUUUUCUAUUCUGGAAGUUAACAAGAAGUCAAUCUGCUUCACAUUAUUACAGAUUUCAAUUUAAUUUUUUGAGCCAAAAUGGUUCCCUAUUAAAGGAUCGUGGACUAUAAAAGUUAAACUUUGUCCACACUAAUCUCAACAUUUACUGGACUGUUGUUAAUACAUUUUUUCUAUCUAAUUACUUAAGAAGGUUUUCAGUAUAUUUUAUGUUGAUGAUUGAAAGAGACUGAGUUAUAGCUAGCUAACUUAGAUGCUGUAUCAAUAGUUAUAUCUUUAUUUAUUUAUAAUUCUAUUUCUUAUUGUUAUAUGUAUUAAAAUGUUCCAUUCCCAGUAAAUGUAAUUACUGUGAUAUUUGAGCGCUAAGCUGCAAGUAAAAUUUAGUAUUAAGUAUUUAUUAUAAAUCUGUUAUAUUAACAGAUAAUCUUAAAAAUAACAAAUAUUUUCUCUUAUUCUGGCUGUUAUUAAGUCUUUUCAAACUUUAAUUUGUUAUUGUGUAUUUGUAUGCGAUAUUAUUUCUUUUUAAGUAAGAUAAUAAAAAUAUUAUGAAGCCAA